CGAUUUCCUCACAUUAUGAUAUUUGAUGCUAUAUAUAAUACCAACUGCUUUGGCCUCAAGCUGCUCCAGAUCAACAGCAUCAUAUCUAUAGGAUCAGUCUUUCCUAUUGCCUAUAAUCUUACCCCUUCAGAAAGUAUGCCUUUUUUCACCUAG